UGCAGUUUGUCAAGCAAACGUCACAUGCAAUAAACUGGCUACACGUGAGCCGGGAGCGCUCAGAGAAUUCUAAAACGCAUGAGCGCGCGCACCGACAGCGCGCUCUCACUUCACCUUCUACUGUCGACCGUGUUGUAUUACGGUGACUAAUUUAAAUUCAUACAAAGAUUACAGUUUUAACUCCGUAUGUGCGGACGACGGGAUUCAGAUCAAUUAAAGGUGAUGAUGUGAUGAUAAUCAAGUCAGUUAAAGGUCUUUCCAGCACAAUGGACAGCACUCCUAGACAAUGACCGAUACUUAACGGCGUUCAUUUUUACCAAAGUACAAUGGAUAGCAGCAAAGAUGAGCCACCGAGGACCCGAGAUGAGACAACGGACAAAAACUCAAAACAAAUCAGCUGCUAUUGACAUUGGACAGGAACAUGAACUUGUUGGACAUAUUUCUAGAGUCGCUCAUCGUUGUAAUUGCAGUGGUGUCGCUCGUGGCGAACUUGCUAGUGUUACUAUGUUUCACCUGCAGCGCACAAGUUCGUUCACAGGUGCCGGGGAUCUUCAUCAUGAACCUUUCAUUCUGCAACAUCCUCAUCACUGUUCUCAACAUGCCUUCCACCCUACUUGGGGUCGUAAAACACCAAAAGCCUUUUGGCGACCACUUUUGCUAUACAGUGAGUUUUAUGGACACUUUCUUGACUACCAACACAAUGUUGAGCAUGGCAGCUCUCAGCAUAGACCGCUGGAUAGCAGUUGUUUUUCCUUUGACUUAUUCCAGCAAAAUGAGACUCAAGAAUGCCGCACUAAUGGUCAGCUAUGCUUGGCUUCACUCGCUCGCAUUCUCGCUCACCAGUCUGCUGCUGUCCUGGGUCGAUUACAGCCCCGCGUACGCUUCUUGCACCUUGCACCUGAGAAAAGAUGCUGAGAGCCGUGUUUAUUUCACGGUGUUCACUGCAGUGUUCCACUCAUGUACUUUCGUCCUCUCGCUUUUCAUCCUAUGCUUUACCUACCUGAAAGUGCUACAAGUUGCGCGCUUUCAUUGUAAGAGGAUAGAUGUUAUAACGGUGCAGACGCUUUUACUACUUGUCGACAUUCACCCAAGUGUGAAACAACGGUGCUUACUGGAGCAGAAGAAAAGGAGACAGAGGGCCACCAAGAAAAUCGGCAUAUUCAUCGGGUCGUUCGUCCUGUGCUUCGCCCCCUAUGUCAUAACACGACUGACUGAACUGUCUUCUUCAGUAAAAAUCGACCAUUAUUGGGGGAUCAUAAGCAAGUGCUUAGUGUACAGCAAAGCUGCCUCUGACCCUUUUGUCUACUCCCUCUUACGCCGACAAUAUAAGAAGGUCCUUUUUGGAGUUUGCAACAGGAUUUUGGGACGGAACUUAUACAGACUUUCUGGUAACAGCAGUCCCUCAGGCAUGGAGAAUGAAUGCUACUCACAAAGGGUUAACAAGCUGACGGAGGAUAACUGUCACUAGAGCAGGUGAAAAAGGCUGACAACUGACACCUUCAGAAAUAUGUGCUCAGAAGUGGUUUGGUUAAUCAGUGGCUAAAUGGCACACCGAACUGCCUAUAAUUUCUGAAAUAAUGGCAUUAUUAUUACAUAAUGUGUCAUUUCUGUCUGUUAUAACCUUGGUAGGUCAAAACGUUUGCCAAUCACUGGAUCGCCAUGAAGUUUUGCACACUCUGUUAUAAAUGUAUGAAUCUUUAUUGACAACAUAGUAUUGUAAUGUGUAUUAUAAUGUAUAUUCUGAAAAAAAUUAUAGUAGAAGAGUAAGAUUUGUAUAGGUAUUUAUCAUUGUAAAAAGUGAUGACCUGCACAAAGAGCUAUUUCUACCUGAUUUAACCCAUAACAUUUAGUUUUGUUGUAAAUAAUUUAGACUGAUUCAUUGCUAAAGUGCCCUUUUGGUCGCAUCUAGGUUCCGCCAGAAUGCAAUUUUUAUUGAGGGGACACUUCCACGAACCCUACCCCUAAAC